ACUUGAGAUUCAAAAAUCAACAAGAUGAAACUCUUGCAUAUCUUUGUAGUGAUCUGUAUCUGCGGUAUUCAAUUCAGCGAAGCAAAAUGCUGUCCUGAACCAAAAAAACAGAUUAUCAUUACUGACGCAAACGUUGCAGCUUUUGUGAAGUGUCUGAAAGAUUUAGUGGAGACGCAUAAUAAACCAGAACAUUUCCAUAAACAGAUUGUUGAAAGAGUUCAGACUGUGUCAGACAAGUUUAAAGUAACUACUGAAACACGUAGUCUGCUUACAGACUUUAAGACUUUGUUGAGAAAAAUCUAUUUUGGAUUAAAAUCCGUAAUCGAUCUGCUAUUGCCUCCUCAUAAGGAUCUCUUCGAUAUUGCUGCUGAAGGUAUAAUGAAAGUUAUACGUCUUUUUGUUCAUAACAAUGAACCACUGGUGGAUCUAUUGGAAAAAAUAGUGGUUGCAUUAGCAUCUGUACAUAGAAUAGCAGUUCUCAGUGCUUUAGAUAUCCUCAUAGGGCCUCUAAAAAGUACUUAAGAUAUGAUCUAUAGAUAUGAUUUAUAUAUUUAUGUUGAUCGUAAUACAAUUAUUGUUUAAAUCAUGAUAUUGUUUGUAUCUGUAUCUUGCCAAUAAAUUGUUU